UUGUUUUAUGACACAAUUGCAUUUCGUUCCCUUUUCAUCGGUGACGCGGAUUGCUUUUAAACAUGAAUUUCCCCAUGAGGUAGCUCAAUCUUGACGGCCACCUAGCUCCAUUCUGUUCUGGACCCGCGCAUCAAGAUGGCCGAAGGACCAAGUACACAACCCAAUGAUCCGAUCACCUUGAACGAGGUGGAAGCCCUCGCCAGAGAGAAUCUUCCGAAACACAUCUACGAAUUCUAUGCGUCCGGCUCCGAUGAACAAAAUGCCCUGCUUCGCAACGAAAAGGCGUUUGACAGGCUGUGCAUCCGACCUCGGGUACUCAUAGAUGUUUCAGAGGUCGACACGACGACUGAGAUUUUGGGACACAAGACUAGCCUGCCCAUUGGCAUCGCCCCGAGUGCAAUGCAGCGACUCGCGGGCGGGGAUGGCGAGCUCGACGUCGCGAGGGCUGCGGUGAACAUGGGAUUGAACCUGACCCUCUCUUCGCAAUCCACCACAUCGCUUGAGGAUGUUGCCAAGACCAGAGAAGGGAAGGGGAAUAAUGGCAUCCCAGCACCUCCGUUUUGGAUGCAACUCUAUCUGCACGCGGACGCCCAGAAGAGUGUUCAAUUGAUCCGUCGCGCUGAAGCCGCUGGGUAUCAAGCCUUGGUCCUUACUGUGGAUACCCCGGUCCUGGGGAACCGCCUCUCCGAACGGAAAAAGGCGGUGGUGUUGCCACCGGGCAUGGAGUUGCCAAACGUCGAAAAAGCGCCACCUACGCGCGCCAAGAACCAACCAAGCGUCAACCGGCUCCUGAUGAAUGCAAGGACGGCCGCCGAAGCAAAGGCAUUGCGGGAUUCCGUGGGCAACAUGAUGCACAGCUCAAGUUUGACCUGGACACAAACCAUCAACUUCCUUCGUUCGGUGACCAAGAUGAAAAUCAUCCUCAAGGGAAUUAUGACGGGCGAAGAUGCCGCGCUGGCCGUUCAGCAUGGGGCCGAUGCAAUUAUUGUUUCCAACCACGGUGGUCGGCAAUUGGAUGCCGCCUGCGCUACCAUCGAGGCACUAGACGAAAUUGCUACCGCAGUCCAGGGACGCAUCCCCGUCAUUCUGGAUGGCGGAAUUCGAUCUGGAACAGCCGUGUUCAAGGCGCUUGCGCUCGGAGCUGACUUUGUCCUUGUCGGGCGGCCAGCUCUUUGGGGGCUGGCUUAUAAGGGCCGCGAGGGCGUGGAGACGGCGAUGCAUAUAUUGGAGCGCGAGUUGAGCCGCACAAUGGCGCUGGCUGGGGCGAGGAAUCUGCAAGAAAUCACCAAAGAUAAGCUAGGAGUAAUCUCUCGGGACGGCUUUGGGAUUGCCAAGUUGUAAUUGUGUGUAUGUAUGUGUGUACGGAAUAGUUUCUUAUGUAUAACUUGAUCUAUAACACUUUCUUAGCUCAAUAGAACAAGAGUUAGAUAAUAGAAAGGCUACG